GGGCUCGGCAGGGCGGGGCCCGGGGCUCCCGCUCCGCCCCAGCCCGCCGGAGCCGCGGCGGCCGGGGCCGGACAGGGUAGGGCCGGGCCGGGCCGGGCCGGACAGCAGCGCCAUGGGGCUGGAGACGGAGAAGGCGGACACCCGCAUCUUCAUGGACGACGACAACUUCCCGCCGGGCGGCCCCGCGCUGUCCGAGGCGGAAAAGUACGCGGAGGACGAGCAGGACCGGGACCCCCACGGGCUCAACGCCCACCUGCAGCUGGGCUUCGAGGACGUGAUCGCCGAGCCCGAGCUGACCCACUCCUUCGACAAGGUCUGGAUCUGCAGCCACGCUCUCUUCGAGCUCAGCAAGUACGUGCUCUACAAGCUGCUGAGCCUGCUGCUCGCCGUGCCGCUGGCCCUGGUGGCCGGGAUCGUCUUCGCGGCGCUCAGCUGCCUGCACGUCUGGGUUGUGGUGCCGUUUGUGAAAACCUGUCUCAUGGUCUUGCCUUCAGUGCAAACCAUAUGGAAGAGCCUGACGGAUGUUUUCAUUGAACCUUUCUUUCAUAGCGUGGGCCGAUGCUUUGCCAUGGUUAAUAUACGCCUGGAUCAAGAGUAAACGUCGGGGAUGCAACGCUGCUGUAAUAGUAGAUGGUGUUAUACCUCUUCGCUAAUGUAACGUGCAAGCACUUACCAUUCAUUCCAAACUGUUAAGAUGACAAUGGCUGGUUUAAGUGGGAACAUGCUAUUAUUCUAAAACUCAUUUAUUUUCAGGGAAUCAAUUUAAGACUAAGUAGGCAGUUUUCAUAUCUCACUAUUUUAACAACAGAAUAAAUGUGGAAUAAGUUGGCAACACUUUAUUUUAAUGGUACGUUGAUUGCUAGAUUACAGGAGAAUUCUCUUGGAGGUUUAAUUGCCACCACAGUGAUAAUGAUUGGCGCUAUUACUAUAAAUUUUUAAAUUAGUGGGCUGGGAUACUUCAGGUGAAAAUGAUUCCAAGGGUUUCACAUUGACUUUACUGCAAUUCCAACAGGGAUCAUUUUUGGCCCUCACUAUACAGCAUGAUAUACUUAGUCCUUUAUUAUCCACAGUUAAAAUGAAUGUGACUAAUUGCAUAAGCAUUGAGAGAAAUUAACUGUUGUGUAAUUAUCCUAUAUUGGGGAAAAAGAUCCCUGUAAGUUUAUCCCUUAAAAUAAGGUGUUACCUAAUGAUUUGGAACAUCAACUAAUAUGUAUAUUUUAUUUAAUGAGAAGUUAACUUUGCUGUAUAUUUUGUACCUUUGUAAAUGGCAUUUGAUCAGCUUUCCUUUAACUGUUAUUUCUAUGGUAUGUGAACUCUAACAAACUUAUUAGGCAGCCAGAGUAAGACACUGCAAAAAUGACUUUAGAUAACUAAAAUUUCAGUUUAUAAAUUAUGCAGAUUUUUAAGUGUUGCUGUGCAAUUCUAGUAUAUCCAUUAUAUAUAGUUGUGUGUAAAAGAAAAGAUUACAAGUUUUUUCAUACAAGACUAUGCAAAAGAGUUGGAAAUACCUGUUUAUGAGAAAUGUUUUUUAUUAAAAUGGGCUGUAGUAAAUGCAA